GUCCACUGUUACCUCUCAGCAUAUUAAAGUGUCUCUUUCGUAACCUUCUCUGUAAUUGGACUAGGCUCUCGAGCACUCAUUUUUUCCGAUUUCUCUUCUUUCUUAUUCUUUUUCUUCAAUUCGCUCGUCGAUCAUUGCCACCUUCUUCCGAAAUGCUGCUCAAAUUUCUAGCUGUCAUUGUUUUGGUUUUGGGUCUUGUGAGUGCCGAGGAUCCUUACCGGUUCUUCGAUUGGAAUGUAACUUAUGGUGACAUAUAUCCGCUCGGAGUUCGUCAACAGGGGAUUCUUAUUAAUGGUCAGUUUCCGGGGCCGGAAAUCUAUUCCGUCACCAAUGACAACCUUAUUAUCAAUGUCCACAACAGCUUGCCGGAGCCCUUCCUCAUUUCAUGGAACGGAGUGCAACAAAGGAGAAACUCGUACCAAGAUGGAGUGUAUGGAACCACAUGCGCUAUCCCACCAGGCCAGAACUUCACCUACACACUACAAGUGAAGGACCAAAUUGGAAGCUUCUACUACUUCCCAUCUCUUGCCUUCCACAAAGCAGCCGGUGGAUUUGGAGCCAUUAAAAUCCUCAGCAGGCCCUUGAUCCCAGUCCCAUUCCCGGAACCAGCUGGAGAUUACUCCAUUCUUAUUGGAGAUUGGUACAAGACUGAUCACAAGGUAUUAAAGACCAUUCUAGAUCGUGGUCACAGGCUUGCCUUCCCAGAUGGUGUUAUAAUCAAUGGACGUGGACCAAGUGGCACAACUUUCACAUUUGAACAAGGUAAAACCUACAGGCUUAGAAUAUCAAACGUUGGGCUCCAGAACUCUCUGAACUUCAGAAUUCAGGGACACACAUUGAAGCUGGUUGAGGUUGAAGGGACCCACACUCUCCAGACCACUUACGAUUCGCUUGAUAUCCACGUGGGUCAAUCCUACUCUGUUCUCGUCACAGCAGAUCAGGCCCCUCAGGACUACUACAUUGCUGUUUCAACUCGUUUUACCAGCACGGUCCUCACCAGCACUGCAAUUUUUCACUACAGUAACUCUGCCAGUCAAGUUUCAGGCCCAAUUCCUGGUGCUCCCACCCAAACUGACUGGUCUAUUAGCCAGGCCCGCUCCAUUAGGACUAAUUUGACAGCAAGUGGACCAAGACCAAACCCACAAGGCUCCUACCACUAUGGUCUUGUGAAUGUGAGCAGAACAAUCAGGCUACAGAGCUCAGCAGCUCAAGUAAGUGGGAAGCAAAGAUAUGCAGUGAACAGUGUAUCUUUCAUCCCAGCUGACACACCAUUGAAGCUUGCAGACCACUUCAAGAUUGAUGGAGUUUUCAAGGUUGGAAGCAUCUCAGAUAAUCCGACUGGCCAAAGCAUGUACCUUGACACUUCAGUCAUGGGUGCUGAUUUUAGGGCUUUUGUUGAGAUUGUGUUUGAGAACAAAGAAAAUAUUAUGCAAAGCUUUCACUUGGAUGGUUACUCCUUCUGGGUUGUUGGAAUGGAUGGAGGUCAAUGGACACCGGCUAGUCGGAACGAAUAUAACCUUAGAGAUGCAGUGUCAAGAAGUACCACACAGGUGUAUCCAAUGUCAUGGACUGCAAUUUACAUUGCAUUGGACAACGUUGGUAUGUGGAACGUGAGGAGUGAGUUUUGGGCAAGGCAAUACCUUGGACAACAAUUUUACCUUCGAGUUUACUCGCCUGUGGAGUCACCUAGGGAUGAGUACCCAAUUCCCAGAAAUGCCCUUCUUUGUGGUAGGGCUGCCGGCAGAACAACUAGUCCUUAAGCAACAACCUGCUGCAGAUGAUUUUACACAAAAAUUUGAUUAACCAUUGCAAUUUAUAAAUUAGUCACAUUCUUUGCCACAUAAAUUGUAACAUUUGUACUUUGGCAAUAAAAUGCAGCUUUCAUUUAA